GUGCUGAAAAGCUUUCAGAACUUCGGCGCACACACACCACUGUGCAAAAUCAGUUGUAGAAAAAAAAGGGAAGGAGACAGAGAGACGGAGGUUGUUGUUUGGAAAAACGGCAUAUUUUUUCUUUCAUUCUGCUCCUCCCCUCUGCUCUCUCUGCAUCUCUCUCUCCCACGCUACCGAGAAGAGAGCAGAGGCUUCAGCUCCCUGGAACUCUCCACUACUCCUAAGGGAGGUCAUGGAUGGACUGCGAUUACCUCCACUCAUAGAGGAUGCGCUGGAAUUUACAGAUGAGCCCUGUGGAGAUCUGAAAGCGGAGAGCAGCCCCAGCCUGAGCCCCAGCAUGGACAAUGAGAUCACAGCCAAGGAGAGAGGAGUACUGGAGAACAACGAAAAGGAGACAAUGGACAGAGAUCAGGAGGAGGAGGAGAAGGGGAGGAGAGAGCAGCAGGAUCCCAUGUCUGAGGAGCAGGAGCUGGAGGAGUUGAGGAGCCAGGUGCUGCAGCUCCUUCUGGAGUUAGAGGAGGCCAGGGAAAUGUCCAACAAACACCAGGAGGCCUUCAACGAGCUACAGGGUCUGCUGGAGGAUGAGCGUCUGGCCAGUGCCCAUCAGGCAGAAACCUUCGUACGACAGGUCCACAACCUGCAAGCCCAGCUGCGUUCAGUACAGGAGGAGAUGGACUCUCUCGAGGAGGAGAAGGAGAGUGAGCUGACUGAGGCUCACGAGGAGCUACGCCUCGCCCAGGAGGAGGUUCUGCUUCUACAGCAGGCGGCUGAGGAGGCAGCGGCCGAGAGGGAGAACGACAUUGCGUCCCUGCAGGAGGAGCUGUGUCGCCUCCGGGCCCAGCUGGGGAGGCUCAACGACGAGGCGCAGGAGUACGACCUGGAGAUCACCACACUGAGAGCAGAGAUCAGCAUGAAGAGUCAAAGGAGGGAGGAAGAGAGGAAAGGAGGUGAUGUAGGUACACUGAGGCAGGAGUGUGUCACUUUGAGGGAGGAGUGUGAGACUCUGAAGGACGACAACAGACGCCUGACUGAGAAACUACAGCUCCUCCAACUACAGAGGACAAGCUCCAACAGUGCAUAUCUGUCCCUGAAGGAUGGUGAGAUAGCUGGUACAGGAGUGGGGGUGGGCACAGAGGUGGGGGUCAUGGCGGAGAGCUAUAUGACCAUGGUCGAGUGCCCGUCUACGAGCCCAGGCACCAACUGCCGCCUUGUGGACGCCUCCAUCCAGAAGAACAUCUCGUUCGACGGAAAGCCCAUGACCCCCACCGGCUGGAAUGGAGGAUUUGGGGAGAUCUUCUCACUGAGGGACCAGCUGAAACAGGCUGAGGAGAAGGCCUUGCUGGUACAGAGACAGUGUGAUGGGUUGAAGACGGAGCUGCGGGAACUGCAGGAACUGUAUGACUGCAGCCAGAGGGAGAGGGCUGAAUUGGAGGAGGAGCUACUGCACUGCAAGGCAGAGCUCGAGAGGUUGGCUGGAGGGUGGCAGAGCAACAUCCAUUCGUCUGAGUCUCCUGUUCUCUCCAUCCCCUUCAUAGGAAUGAUUGUAAUAUUGGGAGUGGUUUGGUGCUGGUUGUCCGAGCUGGCGUUCCAGAAAGCAAGGGGAGUGAUAUAGAAUGGAACCCUAUUCUGACAGUCACCGCAGCAACAGCUGUGCUUCUGAUCAUGGUUAGCUUGUURAGAGCCUUGACCUGAUGUCGAGCAGAAUGACAACAACUGUAUACGGACAAAGACAGUGAUGUCUGCUUAUAGACCGCUACCUUCCAUUUUACCCUCCUAUCACAUCUAUCUGGGACCCUACCAGGGCACCAGCAACAGCUCAGACACCAUUCCUCUAAUUCACAGCUUGGAAGCAGCAAAAUAUAUUUAGAUGGCGACUAUUCAGAAAACCACAGGAUUGUGAAAGGAAUGUUCUGAAAUUGGUAGAUAAAGUGACGUGCUGCCACAGCUUUUCAGAUGACAACAGAUGGAUUCAUUUUCUCUCCUGUUCUGAGGAUCACAUGUCAAGACUUAAGAGAGUGUCUUCGUGAAGCUAAGAAGAGAGUAGUUUCAAUGGGAGAGUACCUGAGUACCUAAAUCUGUCUACUCCUGUGGUAUUCUAUUCCUUUCCUGUCUCUCUGUUGAUUUGCUUUGAUCUCAACUCCAGGUCUUGCCAAYGGGACUGGAUUAGUCCUCCUGAGUUUGAAUGUCUAGUAUUAUUCWUAUACAACACUCACUACAUGUAUUUAUUAUGCUAAUAUCAAUGUUGAGUUCUCUAUUGAUUUGUCUUUGUGAUUAGUCCUCUUUAACAAUAGCAACCUCUGCAUCUUGCACAAUUGCUGAAUAAAGCUCUUAACUCAU